GACCUGCAGUCUCCCUGUUGCCAGAAAAACAAGGGGGGAAUGAAAUUUGUUUCCUUUUCUCCUCUGUAUAAACUGGAUUGGCUUUUAAUGCAGGCGAAGCAACACAUCUUCAGGCAGCUUGAUGGACAGAAAACCCUGGUAGCCAGUCCUUUUUAAGAUGAGAGAUAAAAGACCUCCCCUUAGCUCCAUGGAGGAAGGAGGCUUCAGGGGUUCUCAGGAGCUGCCCUGAAGGUGAUCCCGGGAACAUGAUGAAAGCAGUGAAGCCUGUGAUCUGGCUCCUGGAGCUCAGUUCCUGAGGCCAGAGCAGCACCAGAGGAGGUGCUUGGACCAUAACUGCUUGCCUGCUUCUCCUCUUCAGCCAUGCAUGUGAAAUUCCCUGGAUAAAAGCCCCGGGAAGAAGAAUUGUGUGUGUAGCUUCUGGCUUGGAGCAAGGGGAGGAGGGUCACCAGCAAAUUGAAAAGAAGCACAAAGCUGCAAGAUGUCGGGCCGAAGUGGGAAGAAGAAGAUGUCCAAACUGUCCCGCUCCAGCAGGGCAGGGGUGAUCUUCCCUGUGGGGAGGAUGAUGCGCUACUUGAAGAAAGGCACGUACAAGUACCGGAUAGGAGUUGGAGCACCAGUUUACAUGGCAGCUGUCAUAGAGUACCUAGCAGCUGAAAUUCUAGAAUUAGCAGGGAAUGCAGCACGGGACAACAAGAAAGGAAGAAUUGCCCCCAGACACAUCCUCCUGGCAGUUGCAAAUGAUGAGGAACUGAAUCAGUUGCUAAAAGGUGUGACUAUUGCAAGUGGAGGUGUCCUGCCCAGAAUCCAGCCAGAGCUUCUAGCCAAGAAACGGGGUGCCAAAGGCAAAUCUGAGACCAUCCUUUCACCUGCUCCUGAGAAGAAGGGAAGGAAAUCCAUGGUGAACAAAAAGACUGGGAAGAAGGCAAAGUCUACCAAGGCCCGGACACCCAAAAAGAACAAGCAAAAGGACAGUGAAAAAGAAGGAGCUUCAAAUUCAACGUCUGAAGAUGGACCUGGGGAUGGUUUCACUAUCUUGUCCUCCAAGAGCCUUGUGCCAGGACAAAAGCUCUCUCUGACACAGAGUGACAUCAGCCAUAUUGGCUCCAUGAAAGUAGAAGGCAUUGUUCAUCCCACCACUGCUGAAAUAGACCUCAAGGAAGAAAUAGGCAAAGCAUUGGAAAAGGCUGGUGGGAAGGAAUUUUUAGAAACAGUGAAAGAGCUUCGCAAAUCUCAAGGACCUUUGGAAGUUGCUGAAGCUGCACUCACUCAGUCUAGCGGCCUAGCAGCCAAGUUUGUCAUCCACUGUCACAUCCCACAGUGGGGCUCCGAGAAGUGUGAAGAGCAGCUUGAAGAGACCAUAAAGAACUGCUUGACAGCUGCAGAAGACAAGAAGUUGAAGUCUGUGGCUUUCCCCCCGUUUCCCAGUGGCAGAAACUGCUUCCCAAAACAGACGGCAGCCCAGGUGACUCUCAGAGCUAUUUCCACCCAUUUUGAUGGCACCAGCUCUUCCUCCUUGAAGAACAUUUACUUUCUGCUCUUCGACAGUGAAAGCAUCGGCAUCUACGUGCAAGAGAUGGCGAAGCUAGACCCGAAGUAGCCACAGCAGCCAAAUGAAACUUUAUUUUUCAACAAACUUGAGUAGCAUUAAAAGCAUUAGAGGUGGGUUUUAUUUUUUCAAUGUGGUGAGGGGGGGGGAGUGGUAGUAGUGUGCUGUGUUGUGACUUGAUGAAGAGCUGUGACUAGAGAUGAGAGGGGUUUAGUCCCAUUCCUUCACGCUGUCAGCAUCCUCUAGCCAUUUAUAUCACCUUAAGCAAUUGAGUUACCAUCUCUUUUCAGGAAUUUUAGUGUCCCUUGUUACUUUAGUUUAGGAGUUUCUAAAGAGUAACCUCAUUUUAGACUUGUAGUGAUGAAUUUUUCACAUACACACACACACACACACUUCAAAGAAAGCUCUUUAAAAUGUUCCCUUUUCCCCUCCCUUGGGGGCAAGUGGUAAAUGUCUCCCUCCAGCCCACAGAGAGGGGGGAAAAGGGCUUUAGAAGUUGAUGCAUGAGGAGCUUCUGGUUUGCUUUUAACUCACAAUAAUCUCUGUAAUUACUGGGAAUAUUUCAUGGUGAUUUUGUUGGUUUUAUAAGAAAAAAAGAAAAAGA